AUGGAUGCAUAUACUAUGGGCUAUGCGAACACCCAUACGGGUGUUCCUGGGAGAAUAAUGAGGCCAUGGCACCCAGGCUUCCUGGCUCGGUUCCCCUGGCUCGGCCUGGGAGCGCUACUUGGAAGCACUCUCGGGGUUAUUCUUUCGGUCAUUAUCCUGAUCAUAUCUGACGGCGCUCCUAUCUCAGGGUGGAGGUUCCAACCCACGGUUUAUCUAUCCAUUGCUUCCACAGCUACGAAUAUUAUGCUGCAUUUCGCUCUGACAGAAGGUGCCAGAGUGGCCUGGUGGAGACAAGCGAUGAAAGGGAAGAACAAGCUGGGGGAUUUACACCGGUACUGGGAUUUUGCAAAUAAUUUAUGGGCAGCAACGACAAGCGGCCGCUAUUUUAAUCUCAUCGCAAUGGCCUGCAUCUUUACUGCUAUCGCACCGAUCAAUGGUCCGCUCCUUCAGCGUGCGUCGACCGUAAAGGAGGCCAGUAGUGCUAGCGAGCCGAUCACGGUAAAGCUGGCCGUUGCAACAAGUCUACCUGAUGGCUUCUCUGGGUAUCUAUCGGGCCGUUCGUAUGUUGUGUCGGCCUACACGCAGAAUUUCACCCCGGUGGUGCAGGACUAUUAUAAUCAACGAGAAAACAGAAUGAAUGAUACUGGUUGUGUGGGAAAGUGCUCCGCCACAGUGAAAGGUGUUGGUUUUGCAGUCAACUGCUCUUCGUCUGAAGAGCCUUACAAACUAAGCCCUACCUAUGCCGAGAAUGGUACUUACGACGCUACUUUAGAUCCGGCGCUGAUGAAUGGUUCCGAGGUGUUCACCAGCUACUUUUCUUGGACAUCAGGAAAGCCCAACAAUAUCACACUCGGUAUCAGAUACAAAGACAAAGCCGAUUGCGACGGGAGGUUAAUGAUCAACGAGUGCUCAUUAACACUUGCUACUGUCAAAUACCCAGUUGUCAUUGAUGGAAACAGGUCAACCAUAACUCUUAAGCCAAACACCAGUAUUCUUGACGACGAGGUUGACGGCGGGUAUGGUAAUGACACCUUUGUAACCCGACAGGGAGACACGACAACGCUCGGUGGAAUCUACCUAGCCUUGGAUAACAAGUUCAAUUCCUCAGCUCACCUCAGAUUCGGCGGAGCAAUCGGAUACGAAUUCCGAACAAAAGGAGCAACCGCAGUCCAAUAUAUCGACACAGACGGUUCCUUCAAUCUAGGGGGGUGCGACAUCAUGUUCGGCGACCCGACGAACGACAUCCUUGCAUCAGCUCGGGAAUUGAUGUUCCGAACCGCAAUCGCCGCCGCCACGACCAACAGUUCAAUCCAGGCACAGAGUGUUCCUGCUUUGCAGAUCGCCACUCGUGCCGUGUAUGCAUCUCACUACCACUUCCUCGCCAUUGCUACCCUACUCACAGCCAUUGCCGUCCUGCUUGUGCUCGUCACCUUCCACGGUUACUGGCACUUGGGUCGCAGGACGACGAUGAGUCCACUCGAGACCGCCAAAGCGUUCAAUGCACCCUUGUUGCGGGAUGCGGACUCCAACGCGGAGGUCGAGGUCUUGGUCAAGGAGCUCGGUCCGUACGACGUGAGAUAUGGCGCAGUCGUGUGUGGCCCUGAGGGUGAGGUGUCUGCAACUGCCGCGAAGGAGUUCAGCCAAACCACAACCACGCUCCUAGCUUCAGAUGUACCGCAUCAGAUGCGGCUGGAACUCAACAAUCAAGCGCUGACCCAGGUGCCUAGAAAAGGUUGGAGGUUUUCCGGAUAG